UUUUUUUUUGUAAAGCUUAUAAUUUUUAUUUUGUACCAACAUUUAAAAAUCAAUUAUUUUGGUGAAAUUAGGAUGAUAGAUACCGUCAACCUACUUUUGUUGACCAAACUUGAUUCUAAAGAAAGAAAGCAAAAGAGAGAGAACAAAAACGAAGACAACUCUCAUCUUCUUUUCUCUUUCUUUUUCCUCUUUCUCCAUUGCUUGUUGAUUGAUGAUCUUGAAGCAAGGAUCAUGAGGUUCCUUCACAGAUUUCUGUUGGAGGAUAUGCCCAAAGAAACCUUUUCGGACUCUCUCUGUAAAAAUAAUUGCAUCCAAGAGUUGAAAACUCUAGGAUACUGUUCAUCCUAUUGUCUUGACGAGUGUCCUUCCAUCUGCGAGAUCGUCGUAAUUUCAGGUCUUUCACCACCUGCAGAGAUCCACCACGACGAUAACUUAAAGAGGAUCUUGAUCAUCUCUGCUUCAUCUAUCAUCACAACUCUGUUUCUCCUUACUUUACUUGUUCUCUGCUUCAAGUUUUACUAUAGGAGGAGAAGAUCAAUAACAACAUCAAGAAGAUGGAGUAUGGAAGAAGCUAGGAAUUGGGAUUUUGAUGGACCAGCACCUGUUAUUGUUGAUCAUCCGAUUUGGCAUAUCAGAACCAUAGGGUUGAAUCCAACGGUUAUAAGUUCCAUCAAAGUUUGUCAGUAUAGUAAAAAAGAUGGUGUUGUGGAAGGAACUGAUUGCUCCGUUUGUUUAAGCGAAUUCGAAGAAGAAGAGACGCUUAGAUUGUUACCAAAGUGUAAACAUGCUUUUCAUCUUUAUUGUAUUGAUACUUGGCUUAGAUCACACACCAAUUGUCCGCUUUGUCGUGCUCCUAUCGUUGAGGCCAACACAAUGAUUGAUGAUCAUAGUGAGGGGCUAGAGGAGAUAAGUGUGAUGAUUCCAGAAGAAAAUGGAGAUGAUACCGAUGAAGAAAUCGAGGAAGAAAGAGAUGGCUUUGUUAGUAAUAUUAGUAGAGAUCAUGGUGAGUCACAACAACAGCGAGUGAGACGAUCAGUGUCGUUGGAUUCGUUAUCGGGUUUAAGGGUAAGUGAAGUUGUUGUGGGUAGAGAAAAGGAGAAGUUGAAGAGAGGCAAUAAUAUUGGAUCUGGGAGGUCAAGUUUAUUGAAGAGAUCUAUCUCUUACAGUGGAAAGUAGUACUAGCUAGCUUCAGUGCUAAUAAUAAAAACAAGAAGUCCAUAAAGUAAGUAAGUUUCUUGAAGAAGAAAAUCAAAUCAAACCCAACAAGAUAUAGAUUGUAUUCAUAUGUAUGAAGGUGAUAUAAGAUUACGAUUAUCAAAGCUAGUCACUCUUGUAAAGUUAAAAGAGAGUUUUGACAACUUCUACUACUCUGCUUAGAUACUCUGGAUUUGUGGAUUAAGUAUAAAUAUACACCAAACUUCGUUUUGUAUGUUACUUAUUUAUUGUUCCUCAAGAAAUACCAUCUGGAUUUUAAUUAUUUUUAGAUUCAACUGUCUUAUGUGAAUGGAUUUACAUUUGGCGUUGUGGAUCUCUAACACU